AUGGAUGUGGGUGACCUAACUGAAUUACCCAAUAUGAGAGUAAACAGUUCUCCUAAGGAAGAGGAACCUGUAAAGGAAGAAAAGCAGACUGAAGGGGACUUUAAGGCAGAGGAGGAGGACACAACAAAAGAAACUGAUGCAGAUGAUGAGUCAGAUGCAGCUGAUGAUGAAGAACGUGCUCAGGACCAGGAGAAUGAUGACGACGAGGAUGAAGAAACAGAGAGCGAGGCACCGGCUGUACAGGAGGAAGUAGCGGUCCCUACAAUAAUUGAGCCUACUGUUGAACAGGAGUCUCAAGUUGAAUCUGAGUCUGAACCUGAGUCUGAACUAGAAACAGAGACUGAGGUAACAGAGAAGGAGGAGGUUAAAGAAGAGGUGGAAAUACAGAGUGAAUCACCAGCUAAGCUGGAAUCCAGUCCUCCCAGUGAUUCAGAAACUGAAGUAAGUGUAGUUACAGAGGGAUAG